AUGUGUUUGUAUGUGGAAAAAGUGAAUGAAUUGGAAAAAGAACUGGAUAGACUUGUAGACGAUUGGAAAGAUGAAUUAGAUCCACGAGUUCCAGACAAAAAUGCUUGGGUACCGGAAGAAGAAGCGGAGAAAUUUCAACAAUUAAUGGGACAAGCAAAACGUGAAAGAAGAGAACGAGAUGUAUUGAAACGACAGAAAGAAGUUGAAGAGGGAAUGUGGGAUGAAUGA